AUGGCUCUGCUGGUCUCACUUCCCGGAGGAAUUCCGGACAUGGCUUCGGUCCUGCUUCUGCUGCUCCCAGCAGCCUGCCUGCAAGCUGGGAACUCAGCAGGAUCCAACAGAGUAAAUACCUUUGGUGUCAACCAACCAGCACGCCUCUCUGGUGUGCAGGGCGGCUCCAUCGAGAUCCCCUUCUCCUUCUACUUCCCCUGGGAGUUGGCAAAGGAUCCACAGAUGAGGAUUCUCUGGAGAUGGCAGCACUUCCAUGGGGAAUAUAUCUACAACUCUUCCUCGGGUUUCAUCCAUGAGCAUUUCAAGGACCGGCUCAUCCUGAACUGGACACAGCCUCAGACAUCCGGAGUCCUCAGAAUCCUAGACUUGAAGGAGCAGGACCAGACAGUGUACAUCUGCCGAGUUUAUUUGAACACAAAACAUGGCAUAGAGCAGUGGCAGCCAAUUGGUGGGACCCGACUCACCAUCACCCGUAGAGAGGACAUCCCAGGUCAGACCACCUCUGCAAGCCCCACCACUGCAACUUCUGCACACACCAAAAAUACCCUCACGUCCACAGAAAGUCAGAUGAGCGAAGAAAGUCAGACCCUGGAUCUGGGAACCAGUGUUGGGGUGGCAGUGGCUGCUGCUGUACUCCUGGCUGGGGUUUUGGGAUUGAUGGUGUUCCUCAGGUGGAAGAGGAGGAAAGGCCAGAGGACUGAAGCUGAAACCCCAGCCAGGGAACUCAUUGAAAUUGAGAAAUGUGAGCAAGUUGAGCCCAAAGGACGAUAUAAGGACCCCAAUGAGAACCCCAAGGACAACAACAUCGUGUAUGCCUCCAUUGCCCUCUCAAGCCCGACCUCCCCAGGAACACCAGCCUGCCCGCCUGUCCAUGAGAACCCCCAGGAAGAGACUGUAUACUCCACCGUGAAGACCAAAUGAGCGGGUCUGGGUGACCAUCUCGGAGUCACCUGUGCUUCUAGUAGGAAGACUCCCAGCUUCCUCUGAUACCACAGUCAGACGCU